CUCAAUCACACACUCAUUUGACGACAACCGCUCCCUUCUUCAAAGUCUUGGACCGCUGUGCGAGAAUCCCAGACUUACUUUCUCUCUUCCCCCUUCCUUUCUUUGUUACAUUGUUGCUGUCUACUACAACCGACAUUUGGCCUUUGGUGCGACUCGGCUCUUUUGGUGUGUUCAUCUACGCUGCCUCUUUUUUCUACAGCUCGGGCUUCACGAUAGUAGCACCGGGCUACACGGACGACUUCUUUUUUCCUUCUCUCUUCUCUUCGUGUCUUACACGAUGAAGUUUCUCACGAUACUCGGCCUCGUCUCCGCGGCGAGCGCCCAUACGGUGUUUACAACGCUGUUCAUCAACGGCAAACAUCAGGGCGAUGGCACGUGUGUGAGGAUGCCGCUGGACGACGCCACGGCCACCGGUCCGAUCCGUCCGGUUACAGGUGACGACAUGGCCUGCAACCGUGACGGCGGCAAACCCGUCGCGUACACGUGCCCCGCGCCGGGCAAGGCGACGCUGACGUUUGUGUUCCGCAUGUACCCGUCGGGCCAGCAGGACGGCGCCAUCGACAUCAGUCACAUGGGUCCCUGCGCCGUGUACGUCAAGAAGGUGGACGACAUGUACAAGGACUCCGCGGCGGGCGGCGGGUGGUUCAAGAUCUGGGAGGACGGCCUCAACGAGAAGACGGGCGAGUGGUGCGUCGCGCGGCUCAUCGCCCAAAAGGGCCUCUUGUCGGUCGACCUGCCGGCCGGCCUGCCUCGCGGCUUCUACCUCGUGCGGCCCGAGAUCCUGGCCCUGCAGAACGUCGUCGCUGCCAACGACCCGCAGUUCUACACCGGGUGCGCUCAGAUAUACGUCCAGGACGGGCCCGAGGGCAAGCUCGACGUGCCGGCCGAGUUCCAGGCCACCAUUCCCGGGUACGUGAAGAUGUCGGACCCCGGCCUCACAUACAACAUCUACAACGAGCCGCUGCUUCCGUACUCGAUACCGGGUCCCAAGGUGUACAUCCCCUCGGGCUCAGCUGGCGCCGGCGCCGGCGGCGGCAACGAGCACGACGUCUCGCCUCCACCGCCUAACCAGCCGCCAAACGACUUCAACGGCGCGGUGCCCAAGGACUGCGUGAUCAAGAACGCCAACUGGUGCGCCAAGCCGCUGGACAAGUACACGGCGGGGGCUGGCUGCUGGGCGGCGACGAAGCAGUGCUACGACCAGAGCGAGGCCUGCUGGAAGAGCGCGCCGCCGAGCGGCAACGCCAACUGCAAGGUGUGGCAGGAUUACUGCAAGGGCAUGGAGGAGGUGUGCGGCGCCGCGGCCGGCGGCAGGGACGUCUCGGGCCCGCCGCCGUUCAAGGGCGAGGAGCACAAGGCCAAGGUGCCGGGCGAGAUCCCCAAGCCGUGGGGGAACCACGAGCAGUCCACGGGGCGAGGGGGGGAUGGGAAGAACGAGACGGCGGUCUCGAGCGUCGUCCCGUCGUCGGCAGCGUCGCCCACGCCGUCGUCGGGCGGCGCAGGAUACGGCCCCGAACCGACGGCGUCCAAGACAUCGACGGACGGGAGGUGCGGCGGAGAAGAGGGGCAGACCUGCCGCGGCAGCGCCUACGGUAGCUGCUGCUCGAGCAUGAACUGGUGCGGCCGGUCGCGUUGGCACUGUGGCCAGGGAUGCCAGAGUGGCUUUGGCGAGUGCAAGUGA